GGGGUAGUUUUUAGAGUCAAAUCCGCCAUGCCAUUGACCAGAUUUGGCAGAGGGGAGAUGUUCGGAUUGGCUACGGGGAUAAGAGCCAAGAAGAGCUAAAGUAGAGGAUAGGCACCCGAGAGAGUUUCGGGAUUGCUGUAUGUGAUGGGGGAAGAUGCGGGGGUAACUUUGUGAUGAUAAAUUAGCGUAACCGUAAUCACUUAAUAUAUUGGAGACUGUAAGACAAGCGACUUGUCCUUGUUAUUGCCAUUAUCUUAUAGGCGAACGAGUAGACUUCUCUCUUCUCGAAUGCCAGUACCAAUCCAAUCCAAUCUCUUGUGUUCUUCACUACCACUUUGUAAUCAUGGCCGAAGUCAAGUCAGCCAUUAAUCUCAAUCUCAAACAUCCGGAGCUCUUCCGGGACAAAGCCUACGUUAACGGACAAUGGAUCGAAGCAAAGUCCGGGGAGAGGUUCGAUAUCAUUGACCCGGGGUCUAACCAAAAGUUCGCCUCGUGCCCGGACAUGGCAGCGGAGGAUGUCGACGAGGCCGUGCAAGCAGCCCAGGCGGCGUUCCAGGUCUACCGCACCUUCACUCCUCGGGCUCGUGCCGAUCUGCUGGCCAAGUUCGACGCCUUGAUCAGGGAGCACAAAGAUGACCUCGCCAUCAUCCUGGUCUACGAGACGGGUAAGCCGCUAGCGGAAGCUUACGGGGAGAUCGAGUACGCGGCUUCGUUUACGCGCUGGUUCGCCGGCGAGGCGGAGCGGAUCCAGGGGACUACGUUUCCCGCCUCCAUACCCGGCAGACGCAUCUUCACCAUCAAGCAGCCGAUCGGCGUUACCGCCGCAUUGGUACCGUGGAACUUCCCCAUCGCGAUGGUCCUAAGGAAAGCGAGCGCCGCUCUGGCGGCGGGAUGUACCAUAGUCGCGAAACCGUCGCCCGAGACGCCCCUGUCGGCAAUAACACUGGCCUACCUGGCUGAAAAGGCUGGAUAUCCCAAGGGCGUAUUUAACGUUAUGCCUACUACGUUGGCGAACACCCCGGCUCUCAGUGAGGCUCUCUGCAAACACCCGCUCGUGAAGAAAGUGUCUUUCACCGGCUCUACCAGAGUGGGAAAGAUCCUCUCCGCCCACUGCGCAGAUGGCCUCAAGAAGCUCACCCUCGAGCUAGGAGGCAACUGCCCGUUCCUCGUCUUCGACGACGCGAACCUAGAACAAGCUUGCGACGCACUAAUCCCGCUAAAAUUCCGGCACGCCGGCCAAGCCUGCAUCACCGCGAACAGGGUGUACGUGCAGCGCGGGAUAUACGAGCGCUUCAGCUUGCUGCUCGCAUCCAAAACCCAGCAGCAGAUCCGGGUGGGCCACGGCCUGGCCAAGGGCACGACGAUGGGCGCGCUGACGGUGCGCAGCGGGGUCGACAAGGUGGCCGCGCAAGUCGAGGACGCGGUCCGGCGCGGCGCCCGGGUCCUCGCGGGCGGGGGCCGCGUCGCCGGCACCGAGGGGUACUUCUUCGAGCCGACGGUCGUCGCGGACGCCGCGCCCGGCAUGCGCGUCGCCCAGGAGGAGACGUUCGGCCCGCUGCUCGCGCUGUUCCCGUUCGACACCGAGGAGGAGGCUGUCAGGGCCGCCAACGAUACGAGCAUGGGCUUGGCGUCGUACUGCUUCACCAAGAAUAUCGAUCGGAUGUGGCGUCUGUUCGAGAACCUCGAAGCCGGCAUGAUUGGGUUAAAUAGCGGGAACUCGUCGGCAGCGGAGUCCCCGUUCGGCGGGAUCAAAGACUCGGGGUUCGGCAAGGAGUCCGGAAAGGACGUUGCCAUAAACGAAUAUCUCAUCACGAAGACGGGGACACUGACUAUUGAAGGGCAAUACUAAAAGUGUAAGGCUGUUCGCAUCGACAUGUACUUGAUGGAUAAGUACUUGGGGACAGGUAACUGGACAGCAGUGACAGGAAGUAAAAGAGUCACAUACGCGACAUGAUCUAGGAUCCUCAUCGGUUUAAAGAUAAUA